UAAAGUGUGUGAACAUGCUUAUAUAAAAUGAUCCUUUUUAUAACGGAUUUUUUUUAUAACGGAUUUUUUCUGAUUUUUUUAUGAUUAUACCGAAGAAUUAUUUUUUAUAACGAAUUUUUUUGAAUUUUUAUGAAUAUACCGAAGAAUUUUUGCGAAAUGAAUCUUACUAUAAAGGCAUGAAACAUUUUCUCAAUGUAGUAACCACACAUCAUAAAAUUAAUUUAUAAUGGUUACUGUCCUACAAAUUGACAAAUUUACUGAUCUUUUCUUACAAUGCAAAGUUUUCGCAUAUAUCCUUAAGAAGAUUAGAUGGUUUCUUGUAUUUUUAAUAUUUGUGCUAUUUGCCUCUGCUCAUUCAUUAAUGGUUCUCUUGUCAGAUACCUUAACUGAUAAUGGAGCCAAUACAUUUACGGGCUUUUAUCAAUCACUUAAAAAUAGCUGGUCAAUGCUUCUAAAUAAUUAUAGUUCUCUGGAACCAUGGACAAAUAAUUACCUGCUAGAUAUCUUCAUGAUUGUUUUCUCAUUAAGCACAGCAAUCGUACUGUUUAAUAUUUUAAUCGCGAUUAUAAGCGAUAGUUACAAAAUAACAUGUAAGAAAGCGCACACAAUAUGGGUUAUGGAGUUGGUGGAAUUAAUGGCAGAAUUUGAACUGUGUGACAAGAUCAUGCCAAUGUUUAGAAUGUAUGUACGAAUGAAUGCACUUACUUAUACACUUUCAAUUUAAUGGUAUCAUUAAUAUCAGAAGUUAUUAAUCAAUCUGCCUACAGUCCUUCACCUACUACGGUUAUUUAUAGAGCCUCCGCUGAAGAUGUUGAUGAGUGGGCUACUAAGCUUGAAAAAGAAAAAAUUCUGAUUCCAUGGGAGGAUGAUUAUGAGUUCAAAAUAGCCAAAAGUAAGCUUGAGGAGGUUGUUAACAAGCUUGAAGUGAUUAAUGAUAAGCUCGAAAAUGGGGAGAAAAUUUUGAGUGAAAUAUCAAAAAAAAUAAAAGAAAUGAAAAAAAGAUAGCCACAAUGAAUGAAACAGUGGGAAAAAUAAUAGAUAAAUCGGAAUCAUAAAAAAUGCAAUUUAACAAUAAGACUGGUCAUUAUUUAUUUAUGUAUUAAUAACUAAAUUAUAUUAUUUAUUCAUUUUAACAUAAUAAA